GCGGGGAUGAAGAAGACGGUCAAAGAGACUGAUACCCUUUUCCUAGUGUAUUGAUGGUUAAACAGCCUGAUUUACUGUUGUGACAUUACUUUGAUGUUUUCUUUCGUUUUCUCACUUUCCAUUUCUUCCAUGAUACAGAGGGGUAUAUCGGAGCCAUUUAACCCCACAUUAUGAGUAAAAAAUUCAGAUCGCAGGCAUCAAGCAGUCGCGCUGCUGCUGGAGGCUUUGGUGCAUUUUCUAGUUCUUUUGGAGGAUUUUCUACAGGAUUUUCUUCUCAGGGAGACGGCCCCUCGUCUCUAACAUACAUUGCUGAACCCCCGGAUCUUUCCCGGAUAUCAGAGCCACAGCUGGCUAUUGCAUUCAAGAACCUCCUCAAGAAGGAUGACACCACAAGAACAAAAGCAUUAGAAGACUUGAGAGAGUACAUAUCAACAGUCGAAAAUAAGAAAGGAACAGUUGAUGAUGGCUUUCUGGAGGCAUGGAUUAAGAUAUAUCCGCGUACUUCAAUAGAUAUAUCGCGCAGGGUUCGCCAGCUGGCCCAUUCAAUUCAAGGGUCCGUUGCCUCUCUUACGGGGAAGCGUAUCGUCCGUCACCUUCCCAAGGUAAUCGGUGCUUGGCUUGCUGGUCUGUAUGACAAUGACAGACCCGUUGUCCGAUCCGCACAGGAGUCUUUCUCGCGUGUAUUUGCAACAGAAGACAAGAGAGCAAGUGUGUGGAAGAUCUACCAGAACGCUGUACUCUUAUUCGCGGAAGAUGUCAUUCUUCAUCAGAACCCCUUAACCUUGAGUGAUGAAAGGACGACUAAGCCGGAUGAUGCAGAAGCCAAAUAUGCCCGCGUUUUAGGGACUGCUUUGUCUUUGUUGACCCGUAUUCUUAGUCAGGCGUCUGAGGAAGAUCUGCAAAAGGACCUUACUUUGAUUGAGAGUCUCCUCGGAAGCAAACAGUUAUGGUCCUUCUCGCACCAUGAUGAUCCUUUUGUACGCCGGGCUACCUAUCAGCUUCUCCGAGCUGCCGUCGCCAAAGAACCAGCGGCAUUGGACUGGAAGGUUAUCAGUUCGGCAAUCAUUGGGAAAUCAUUGAAUGCAUCCCAAAUAGGGUCAUCUGCCGAACUGUCCGCUUCUCUUCUGCAAGUGACUCAGGUCAGGCCACAAGUCUGGACAGAUGAUUAUUCCGGAAAAACAGCUGCGUCUAAGCGGCUCCGCCAAUACAUACAAAAGGGUUCUCAAGGGGCAUCUAGUUCCUACUGGUCAAAUCUGACCCAGUUGCUAAAAGUUGUUCCCGUGGAGGCAUUGGCAAAGGAGGAUCAUGGUUUGGCAGCUAGUGGAAAGAUCGGACUUCCGGAUGCGAGCUCUUUGAUGGAGGCGUUCCAGGACGGAUUGAACUCAAGGGAGGAGCCGCGACAAAACCUGGCGGUAGGCUGGAAAUCAUAUGUCGAGACUGCAAUUCGGUUCUUGACGCUAUUACCGGAAGACGACACAGCAAAGUUCGUCGAGGAAAGAAUAUUUCCGAUAGUCGAACAAUAUGUGUUCGCAACCCCCGAUGGAUCUCGGUGGACACUUCCCUUCCAAUCCGCCCAGACCUUGUGUUCUGAUUCUGUUGCUGCGCUAGCUCUUCGUGGCUACGACAAUCUCAAAUCUUUAUGGGCGUCACUAACCAACAAGCUACUGCAAUCUGUUAAGCUAUCUUCUCCUGAACAGUCAAAGGACUUCAGAUCGUCGCAAGACGCCGUGUGCGCUCAAGCGAAGCGUCUGUUCACAGUGGAAGCGUCAGUGCUUAAUAGUCUGUCUCCCUCAGGGAAUGAACAUCAAGUUCGAGAGAUUUUUGAGACUGUCGGCAUACCCCUACUGAAAGACUGCCUGGAAGUUUUGCUUUCCAGAAAUGGUAAAUCGUACAGUGCCGCAGCGGUCGUUGAUGAGACUGUCCGUCAUACUCCCCAGAUUGCUAAGCACUCAAAGGAACUUACAAACUUCGUUCAAGAAGACCUUCCCGGCCUUCUAUUCUCGCCUUCUGCUGAUAGGUUGAUGGGAAUAGUCUUAGCAUGUCGGGAUUGGCCAGGCUUCGAGCAGAGCUUUGACAAGGCCGUCGAAAGCAUCGUGGGCGUUGAGCCGGACGAGUCUAACAUCCACGCGCUUGAAAAGCUAUUGUCUACAGUCGACUUCAAAGGCAUCCAUGAUCCCGCCGAACUCGAAAGCAUGGUUAUGCGGAGCGUCUCUAGGGCCUGCAAAGGCAGCCAGCUGAACUGGUCUAUUGUUACAGCUGUUGUCGGAAAUGUGACAUCCCACGGCGAAUUAACAGAUCGUAUCCUUACUUCAAUCAUUGACGGUUUGUCCAAUGAUGAAACUGCUCCGGAAGCUUUGCAUGGUCUAUCUCAGAUCGCCUCUCGGUCUCCUUCUGCAAUGCAGCGUUUCAGGACAGGCGAUUACGGGUCAAAACUAGUUGGGAAGCUACUUUAUCUUAAGGAGUCUCCUUCAGAUGACCUCUCGCAACUUGCAGAAUCUCUGGACCAGAAACUUAAGAUCAUGGUUGUCGAAGACGUGAGCUCAAAAUCGAGUCUAGAGAUACUUCAGCAUAACUUAGCUGAAGUUAGCGUUGAGUCCCUCUCUGUCGACUCCUUGGUUGCGAUUGCCGAAGAACUUAUACAAGCAGCAAGUCCAGAGAAUAAGAAGCAGACAGUGGCUAAUAUAUUACCUUCUCGUCACUUGUGGGAGCGUUCUCUUGAGCCAUUCUUAGCCCUCCCUCCGAGACAGUCAACAGCUAUCACCAGUGUUCUAGGUGGGAUUGUCUAUCUUACCGAUCGUGAUCUUUCGGAAGAUUUCUGGCAAAAAUGGAAUGAUAUACCGCGUGACUCCAACGGCAGUUCAUCUGCGUUCCGAUUGGCGUCAUACGUCACGAAUAUACUGUCUUCAUCUGACUUGGCCCAGUACCUCGAUACGGAGGAGCUCGAGACACUGUUUUACUAUCUUCCUCUGGCUGUGCAACUGAUUGAUGAUGAUCUAAGCAUCGAAGGCUGCAAUAGCAUAACUGGUCUGGAAGCCUCGGAAGAACGGGAAGAGCACAUGGAGAUAGUGAUGGAAGGUCGAUCUAUCAUUAACAGUUGGAUUCGGGUGGGUGGCUCUUCAGUAUCUGGUGAUGCGGCAAGUCUCUCAUCUGCACUUGUCAGUUUUUGGGAAAGCAAGCUAGAGUCCCUAAGAGGCAACUCUCCAGAAGAGUACAGGGUAGGGGAGGCCUUUGUGAAGAUAAUGUCGGAGGUAGACUCUUCGAGACUGGGGAAGUCUGCAGACUUCUUGACAAACUUAUCGAAAGAAGUGCGGAAGUCAAAUGUUAUCCGUUCCGCUGCAUGGCUCUCUGUAUUGCGAGACUCUGUGGUAUCUCUACCGGCCGGAACCAGACUUUGCAAUGAACUGAUUGCCGACGGUACCGGAAUAGAUCCUCAGAAGAAACGCAGCGAUGCUCUCCGAACAUUAUCACUUCUGAAUCUCCUGGCCCAGGGAGAUGAGGAUGUGGCCGCUUCGGUUCCUACGCAGCGACUCGUCUUCCUUGUGAAGAAUCUAGUACAGCGCUGGCAGUCAGAUCUUGAUUUUCUGGAUGUCAAGGCUGAGAUCCUUAAAGUUCUAACCUUCAUUCUUCCUUCACUGAAGGAGAUAUACGGCUCCCACUGGGCAGAGACCAUGGAGAUACUGAGCACUACUUGGAAGGAGACUAAUGGGGGUGAUGAGGGCUUGCCUUUGUUGCAUGCUUCUUUCAGACUAUUUGCACGCCUGAAGUCUAUGCUAAACGACGAGGUCAAUGAUGAUCUUGUGGAUGCGUGGUCGGAAUCUAAAGCAGAUCUGGUGAAUAACCUGAUUUCGACCCUGCAUAAGAUUGACUCUUCCGCCGCGUUCCACCAGCCCCAAAAUGCGACGGCUGAUCUACUAUGCCGCCUGAUUGGUAGUAUUUCGAUAGACAAUCUCGAUAAUGUGGGCGAGAUAUACCCGCUCCUCAAUGCUCAGAGUCGAGGCAUCCAGCGAGCUGCCUAUGAAGUUCUGCACCGUUAUAUCCCUAAGAGACAAGAACAAGUUUCGUUUGACGUCGCCCUAUCGAAGUCAACUGCCGCAUUGCCGGAUGAGCUUCUUUCUCUCUUGCUUGAACCGCCUACUAUGGAGGAAAUUUCCGCUUCCUACGGUGAAGAAAGGACCUGGAUUAGCUUGCGGUCCUACCUUCUUAGCUGGAAGGUGGUAUUUGAUCACUUCUCUAAUGCGUCUCUCACCGUUCAAGAGAAUUACGCGACUAACAUCAAAGAGAAUGGGACAUUGAUUCCACUUCUGGACUUCACUUUCGACUUCCUGCAAAAGUCAAACGGGAAACUUGCAGAUGCGUCCAAGUUCCACGUCCGCUCUUUUGAACUGGACCAGUCCGAGAAUUCUGAGAAAGAGAUCCAGUGGCUGUUGGUGCACUUGUAUUUCUUGUCUCUAAAGUAUCUUCCGAAUAUCACCAAAGCCUGGUGGCUCGAUACGAAGAAGCGUAUCAAAGGCCCUGUAGAAGCGUGGACGGAAAGAUUCAUCUCCCCACUGAUUAUCGAAGACUCUCUAAACAGUGUUUCAGAGUGGACAACUACUCAAGACCCGAAUGAAGAGCGAGCACUUAGCGUCAAGGUUUCGCCGAAAGCGGCCGAACUGAUUGCCAGUAUCCCUGUCGAUGAGGAAUCACCUCCCGUUGCUAUCGUCAUAACUCUUCCUUCCGCAUAUCCUCUCCACCCUGCCAUCGUGGCAGGAAAGAGCCGAGUUCUAGUCGACGAGAAAAAGUGGAGAAGCUGGCUCUUGACUAUCCAAGGUGUGAUCAUGUUCUCGAACGGCAAUCUUGUCGACGGACUGCUCGCGUUCAGAAAGAACGUACAGGGUGCUCUCCAGGGCCAAAGCGAGUGUGCAAUUUGCUAUUCGGUCAUUUCUACGGAUAUGCAAACACCGAACAAGCGCUGCGCGACCUGCAAGAACACGUUCCACUCUGUCUGCCUGUUCCGUUGGUUCAAGAGCAGUAACCAGAGUACGUGUCCUCUUUGCCGGAACAACUUUGUUUAUGUAUAAGGACGUAUGACUGCACAGGUUUGCAAAAUUUGUUUAUGCCCAGGCGCGUUUUAUUGGUAUAGAUUUGGCUAGAAUUUCCUGAUAGCCGCGUCAUCUAACUCCAAUCAAAUGAGUUCUGCACGUGAAGUUCUUGUUUGCUUAUACAGGGCCUUGAAAUACAGGUUGAAUGGACCAGUUGUAUUGGAGUGGUGGUAUAUUGAGCAGGGGAUUCGGAAUGAAUGUCCCUGUUAAGCUCAUGUGAUCGACGUGUCUUAUCCCCCAGGCAGGAUUGGACAUCCCAUUGAUAUAUUUCCGCUCGUCCGCAUUGUAUUUUGAAUUCAUAUAAUUGUAGCUGUAGCUAAAAGAUCGUCAAAUCGCUCCCCAAAUCGCUUCUCUCCACGGUGGAUAACAACAAGUGUAGUGUUACCGCACACAUAGAAUUACUAUCGUCA